AUGAAGAUUCUUGCAAUACUUUGCGUAACCUACGCGUUAAGGCUCUGUAGCUGUAGGAGGUUUGACGAGAUAGCCGCAGGUUUUAACGGUGAAGUGGCCAGGGCUCAGGAACUUAUAGAAGAGACGAAAUCAGCCCUAAGGGGUGCUAGAAAUAAGCUUAAAGACUAUACCAAUGCCUGUACAGAUAUACAAAAUGCCAAAAAAGAAGAGUUGGAAAGAACUAGAAGUGCCCUUGAGACCGCAGAAAAGGUUCUGGAAGCAGCCUCCGGAACCGAUAUGGUCCUAAGGGUCCUGCAAAAGGUCAAGGAAGGCCUAGAGUCCGAUUUAAACUACACGAUUCCAUCCGUAGAAUCUCAAGAGAGUCUUGUCACUGAGGCUAUGAAGAGGGUAUCAGAUGCUCAAUAUCUGCUAAGCAACAUACAACCCUUGGAAAAGUUUUAUGAAGGUGGUAAUGAACAGAAGCCAUUGUGGGAUAUUCCAGCAGAUACUGAACCAGUGACCACUCCCGUAGCAAAGCCUGUAAAACCUAGGUGUACAACCGCUGAAAAUACCAAACCUAAAAAAACUCCCCCAAAACCUGCAAACAAUAGACCAAAAAGGCCAGAAGGUACACAAGCUACUAGAGGCUCUAAAGGAAUAACUCUUCCACCAUCUCAACAGAAUGAAGAAUGUGAGGAACUACUAUCUGAGGAACCUUACCUCUAUGACAAUGCACCCAGAGAGGAGAUAUAUGAGAAUGGAUUGACAAGGAAUACCUGUAAAGUAACAACUACUUCAACAGUUAAAGUUGUCCCCUGA